CUUGGUGACCUUUGGUGACCUUUGGUUCCCCCAAAUUUUCCCCUCCCCCCUUCCCAGGAUGCUGCAGCCGCUGCCGAAGGCGGAGCCCAGGGCGGUUUUGCUCCUCCCCUCGCCCCGCCCCGCCCCGGGGGGCGUGGCCACCGCCGGCCCCGCCCCUUCCGGCCCCGCCCCUUCCGCCGCCGCCGCCGCUUCGGGCCCCGCCCCUCUGCUGGUGGCCCCGCCCCUGGUGACGCUCGGCCACGCCCCCGCCACGCCCGUCGCCGCCGGCCACGCCCCUCUGGUGACGUCACAGGGGGCGGGGCUCAACCUGGGGCUGGGAUUGGCUCUGGCGCCGCCCAGGGCCACGCCCACGCUGCUGGCUCCGCCCCCCACCGCUCUUCCCGCCGCCUCCUUGGCCACGCCCCCUCCCUCGCCAAGCCCCGCCCCUCCGGGCCCCGCCCUGGGCAAGGGGGCGGGGCCUGUGCAGGGGGCGGGGCCGGGGGCGGGGCCUCCCUUGGCCGCCUUCGCCCUCGGGGGCCCCCAAAGGCUCCUCUUGGCCCCGGAGAUGCAGGCCCGGCUGCCCU